ACUUCGCGAAAACGCGAGAACACUGAAAACGCAGAGGAAAAGCUUCAACGAUGAGAUGAGAAAUCAUGGUAGGUUCAUCAUGUGCCGCUACCUUUCACGGUGGCGGAAGCAAUUCGAAUCAAACUCCGAUCUCCCACUCCCUAAUUUCCGCCACCGUCCUCCGUUUCCCCGUCGUUCUUACUCCGCCGCAGAAGUGCAACCUCAACUGUCUCCUGACCUGUUGAACAUUAUGGAACAAAGACUCUCUGCAAUUGAGCACAGGAGUGCUUGUCUUAGCAAUCUUCUGAAUCAGCCAGAAGCUACACCUUCAGAGUAUGCACGAGCUAAUAAGGAGCUGAGGAAGCUGAGUGGCUCUGUUGAACUUAUCAAUGAAUUAAGGGCAAAACAGAAGGAAAUUGAUGGCUUGAAGACACUAAUGGCUGAAAGUUCUGAAGACAAAGACAUGCUUAGUAUGGCAACAGAGGAGUUUGGCCAAGCCAAAGAGGAAGAAAGAAGAUUACAAAAUAUGCUGCUGAAGUCAUUACUUCCUAAAGAUGAUGCUGAUGAAAGGGAUUCCAUUUUGGAGGUGCGAGCAGGCUCUGGUGGGGAGGAGGCUUCCUUGUUUGCAAUGGAUAUCUUCAAAAUGUAUGAGAAGUAUGCUCACAAGAAUGGAUGGAAGUUUGAAGUUGUAGAUAUAGCUCAAUCUGAUAUGAAAGGAUACAAGGAAGCUAGUGCAGCAAUUGCAGGAGCUGGUGUUUUUGGGAAACUAAAAUUUGAAAGUGGAAUUCAUAGAGUACAGCGAGUUCCUGUGACAGAAAAGUUGGGACGUGUUCAUACCAGUGCUGUUUCUGUAGCAAUCCUCCCUCAGGCUGAUGAGGUCGAUGUUCAAUUGAAAAAUGAAGACUUAAAAGUCGAUACCUAUAGAUCUGGUGGUUCAGGUGGUCAGCAUGCAAAUACAACCAACAGUGCUGUUAGAAUAACUCACAUUCCAACAGGGAUUAUAGUUGCUAUACAAGAUGAGCGUUCUCAGCAUAUGAACAAGGCCAAAGCUCUCAAGAUACUGUGUGCGAAGCUAUAUGAAAUGGAAAGGUUGAGACUUCACAGUAAUCGAUCAAAGCUUCGAUCGGAGCAGAUUGGUAGUGGGGACAGAUCUGAACGCAUCCGAACAUACAAUUUUCCUCAAGGCCGUGUAACUGAUCAUAGAGUUGGUAUCACCUAUCACUCAAUAGACGAUGUAAUGCAAGGAGAGAAUCUUGAUGUCUUCAUUGAUGCUCUUCUAUUGCGAGAAGAAAUGGACGCAGUUGCAAGUUUUACUUCUUCUCAGUAAAGGCAAUGGAUUCAAUUUUUGCUGAUCAUUAAUCUAGUGUCUUGUUUUUGUAAUUAACUAGCCGAAAAGAAAAAAUUCCAUAUUUUGCUUAGGGUGGUAGACAGUAAGCAUAGCACCAAAUGAUGUUGCCUUAUCAUUCAUGAUUGUGACUUGUGAGGAUUUGUUUUCUCUCAAAUAAUAGACUUUAUCUGUACUCAGAUAAAUAAACAUGGAGUUGUUGUUU